GUGUGUGAGAGGCGACGGGGGGACUUUUCAAACUUCAUUAAUAAGAUGAGCUGCUUGUGUGUGGUUUUCUAAUCAAGGCUGAAAUGGUAGUGAGUUCAGAGCUGUCUCAGUGUUUAUGAGCGUCUGGUUGCCGGUCAGUGAAAAUGGAACGAUUGGAAAUGUAUCACGGCUCCAUCAGCAAGAGCAGAGCGGAGGAGCUGCUGGCCGAAGCCAGACAGGACGGUAGUUUUCUCAUCAGAGACAGUGAGAGCGUACCGGACACUUACUGCAUCUGUGUACUGUACAAGCAGUGUGUGUUCACCUACAGGCUUUUCCAGGUAGAAGGCAACUUAUGGAAAACAGAGACGGCGCCUGGGGUCAAGGAACGGCUCUUUCGGAACGUCAACAAUCUCAUCACUGCUUUUCAGCACCCAGACCAAGGCAUGGCCAUGCCCCUCCUCUAUCCUGUCAGCGUUGACCAAUACCACAACUACCACCAACGCCACCCACUUCACCAGCAGCAUAACAGGAAACCAAAGCCCAGCCCUCAGAAGCACAUAAACUGCUGACGUCGUCAUCUUAAACGACUGCUCAGGUCAUCAUGGAAAGUCUGUAGGGCCUCAUGUGGUUUACAUGUAUAAAUAUCUCUUUUCGCUUAUGCUUAUAAUAAAUGCUACCCUUAUAUAUCACAUGGUACUGUUAGUAAGUGCAGCUCAGAUCGAUUUUUUUUUGUUGUUAUUAUUAUGCAAUAUAAUUAACAGCAUCUGCUGUGGGCAUUUUUAUCCUGAACCUGUCUCAGCUCCAGCACCGCUGAUUUAAAGGCCUCCAGAACACCUAGAACAGGGCUGUCCCGUCCAACAUCAGAAUGGUUGCAGACAUAAAGGGAGGCUAUACUUACAGGUGGACACCUCACAUCGUUAGGAACCAACAGACACUUUAAUGGGUUCUAUGCUUUUGCAGAAGGGAACAGAUAAACCAUUAGCAAUAGGGGUGAAAUGGUGCUGCGCUUGGGGUUGAAAUGUCAAAUGUAUGACGUUUGUAAUGGAUUUUACUGACAUUUCCACUGCUGCUAUAAACAGCUUUAAACCCACUCUGUGAAUUCUCUGGUGACAUGUGCAGCUGAAGCUUUGUCUGCCAGCUUUCCGCAUCUUUACUUUUACCCAUUUCAUAUACAAAGUAUCGCUGUUGUUGGACCAAAACCUCGUAUUUCCGAAUUGGUACCUUUACAGCAGAAGGAGAAAACCUCCUUUACUUUUAUGGAGUUCAACUGAGCCAGACAUUUUUUCGCUUUGUUUCGGGUCGUUUCUUUUGGUCCACUCAUCAUGAAAUUUACACACAAUGUAAAGAAACAAUAAAGGUGUUUUCAAAUGAUGUCAAUAACUGAAAAACAGCAAAAAUGAAAAUAACUCCUCUGACUUUUACACUGAAGACUAGUUCAGUUCACCACUCAGGCAAGGACCCUCCACUAUACCAAUAAGAGUCCUUGGGCAAGACUCUCAACACUACCUGUGCCUCCCUGUGUAAGACAUCAUGAUCAAAUUGGAAGUGUAGAAAUGCUGUAAAUGGAAUAAAAGGCCGUACCUUGCUCUGCCAUUCUUGA